AUGCGCCUCUUUCCCAACUCUCGAAAAGCUCCAGCGCUCGGCCCUCGCAACGUCCAGCCUGCGCGUACAUGCUCACAAGCGCGUUCUCCGGCCUUCUUCCAGAUCCCUCAAGCUGGAGCAAGCGCCAAGGACGCUGAGAGUAGCGAUGUCGGGCUUGAUCCCCGCCGAGUCCAUGCUCCUAAACAUCUCGAUCGCCUUGCAGCCAUGCCUGUUCUUGGCGAAUGCCGCGAUGAUGAAGUUCCAGGAGAAGAGGCUUCUUCGCGGGAGGGCGUGGAAGACCUGGAUGGCGUCGUCGACGCUGCCGCAUUUGCCAUACAUCUGGAGGAGGUGAUCGCCGAGGAGGCGACAAUGUGGGCGUGGAUUCGCCGCCCCUGCGGUAGGUCUGCCGCAUUAGGAGCGCGGCGUAGGUCUGGCGCACCUGGAAGGGCGACUGGAAUUGCAAGUGGUCGUCGAGGCGCAAAGGUUUAUAGUGGAUAUGCUAGGAAUAUGCUAGUGAAAGUCUUUUAUACGUUCGGCCCGAAGCUAAAACUUUCAGUAUAUAAGCUCACUCGUGCAAGUGCAAAGCAAUCAUCCAUGGCGAGCAACAUGAUAGCUUUGAUCUUGAUCUUGCUGGUGGUGGUAUGGGCAGCACCGUUUGCGAUUGCGCGGCCAGCGGCUCUGGAAGGCGAUCGCGCUCUAGAGAUCAAGAACAUGUUCGAGGAUUGGGCUGCCAAGCACGGCAAGAGUUACAGCAGCGACUCGGAGAAGGCUCGCAGGCUGAUGAUCUUCUCCGACACUUUGGCGUACAUCGAGAAGCACAACGCGCAGCCCAACACCACCUUCACGCUCGGCCUCAACAAGUUCUCGGAUCUCACAAAUGCCGAGUUCCGAGCCAAUUACGUUGGCAAAUUCAAGUCCCCGCGCUACCAGGAUCGCCGCCCGGCCAAGGACGUGGACGUGGACGUGUCGAGCCUCCCGACGAGCUUGGAUUGGAGGCAGGAGGGAGCUGUGACACCGAUUAAAGAUCAGGGCCAGUGCGGGAGCUGCUGGGCUUUCUCGGCGAUUGCAUCGAUCGAGAGUGCACACUUUCUGGCGACGAAGGAGCUCGUUUCUCUGUCCGAGCAGCAAUUGAUAGACUGUGACACGGUAGACCAAGGAUGCCAGGGUGGGUUUCCGGAGGAUGCGUUUAAGUUCGUGGUGGAAAACGGUGGUGUCACCACGGAGGAGGCCUAUCCAUAUACAGGAUUUGCAGGCAGUUGCAACGCGAACAAGAAUAAGGUGGUGGAGAUCACUGGUUAUAAAGACGUCACAAAGGACAGUGCUGACGCCCUGAUGAAAGCAGUCUCCAAAACUCCCGUGACCGUUGGCAUCUGCGGCAGCGACCAAAACUUCCAGAAUUACAGAAGUGGAAUUCUUUCUGGUCAGUGCAGCAAUUCGCGGGAUCAUGCGGUCUUGGUCAUUGGAUAUGGAACCGAAGGUGGGAUGCCCUACUGGAUCAUCAAAAACUCGUGGGGAACUUCCUGGGGGGAGAAUGGAUUCAUGAAAAUCAAGAAAAAGGAUGGAGAAGGGAUGUUAGAUCCAGAGUUAGAUAUAGCCACAGCAUCACGAUCUAGGGAGAGCUGCAGGCUUGCAGCAGCUAUGGAGCCAUAG